AGUUUCACGGUAAUCGAGCCGCCGAAUUUUAAGGUCCCAUCAAGGAAGCACCCCUCGCAUUCUUUGGUCACAACCCGGGCGGCUAAGCACCCCACUGCACCCCUACUGUAUUCUGAUAGUAUACUUUGCUACGUAUUAUUGAUUGUUACAUUAUCUGGAGUAUAG